AUGGCGGCUGCUGUACCCCUGUUCCGGACUCGCCCCUGUGCAAUCUGUGAGAUUUCGGGCCAUUUCUCAGUUUGUUCCUUUAGUUCAGUGCUAGCUUCGACCCGGUCAGGACUGGUUGCUUUCAACGAUGUUCCCUGCAAGGAUGUGGAAGCUCUCGACUGCGGCCACGAGUUCUUCAAGCAGAUUUACCAGCAGUUCCGCGAAGCAACGCAGGAAAUUAUCAUCAUGCCAUUUCUUCUCAGGCCCAGGCUCAAAAUUUUCAGCUCCACUCCAGACCAGGAACCGGACACGUCCCUGACAGACCUGAUUCGCGAGGCUGUCCGGCGAAGAGUUCACGUUUGGAUUCUAGGUUGGGACAAUGCCGCCUCGGAGAAGUAUCUCGGACUGUUUGAGGACCACGAGUUCGAGCUCUUGUUUGAGUCUGUGGGUGAGGACAAGCAGUAUAUUCAUCUGAUGCUGGAUACAGGCCGAGAACUGUUCGCUUCCGUGUACUAUCUGCCACACAUCAAGUCCUACGUCUUUGAUCGCAGGGUUGCGUUUGUCGGCGGGAUAGACUUUGCAGAGAACCGGCAGGACACGCCGGAGCACGUCCGGCCUGAUUCACGUCUUGUUCAGGUGGCAAUAGAUGCGCGCCACCCCACUGGAAAUGAGAAGCCUUGGCAGGACGCCAUGAUCAAGGUGACAGGUCGCGCAGCCGAACAAGUCGCCAUGAUCAUGGUGGAGCGCUGGUGGACGUACUGCAAAUCCAUCGGAUCAGCACGUGCUCAAGCGCUGCGACCUCUUUCAGCGAUUCUGGACAGCACCGUGUGGCAGGUCAAAGGUGCCCUGCAUGGUAGCCAGUGGAAAGAUUGGCAAUGCGACCAGAUGCCGAAUAACGGCGUCCUGGGGCAACUGCAGCUGAAGCUGAACAGCUCUCAUGAGGACCGCCAAAUCAGGAUCGAGACUCCACAGAUACAGAGCCAGUAUUUGGAUGCAAAUGCAGACAAGUUCGUCAGGCUCCGGAGAGGUCAGGCUGAAGAGGUGGAUGUUGUUGGCCUUCAUGCACUGGAUGCGAAGGUCCCUGGAGGGAUAACCAUCUCAAUGGAUGGCAUCAGUAUGCGGGUGUUCAAUACUACACAGACCCUUCAUCAUGAUGGCUCCACUCUCACUGCGAAGUGGCUGCCGGAAGGUGCAGGCGAACAAGGAGAGCAGAUGUGCAAAGUCACACUGUCUGGUUCCAACAUGUGGAUGGGCACGUCGACCAUCGUUCAGGAGAGUUACACGGUGUUUCUCAACAUGAUUCGGAAUGCAAAGAGGUUCGUAUUCAUUGAGAAUCAGUACUUUUCCAGCGACUUUCCGUCAUCUUCACCGGAGUGUCAGCAUGCGCAUCAAACCUCUGCCGUCCUGUACAGCGGUGCUACAAACCGCGUAGCAGAGGUGUUGCUGGAUCGUAUCAAGCAUGCCGCGUUGCUCAAGGAGAGCUUUUCUGUUGCCAUCAUCUUCCCGCUUGGCACUGAGCCUGGCUCGUUCUACCCGAACCUGCGAGGGGCCUACUGCUUUGAGCAAACAGUGGAAGACUUCUGGAAGGCUCACGCCAUAGAGUCGGACUGGCGGGAGUACUUCUCCUUUUUCUUCCUCGCGAAUGCUGUUCACGUUGAGAGACCCUUCGGGGGUCCUGCAGCUGCCUUCUAUGGAAUCUUCACGCACACAAAGGCGAUUGUGGUUGACGACGAGAUCUCGUACGUUGGUUCUGCCAACAUCAACGACCGGUCGCUGCUAGGAGAUCGAGACGCGGAGGUGGGAAUUACCACAUGGGGAGGUCCCUUUCCCAAGCAGUUAAGAGAGACCUUGAUGAAGCACCACACGGGAGACGGAUUCAGCGAGAUCAACCCCUCAAGGCUGGUGUCUUCCAUGAAAGCUGUCGCAGAGGCCAACGCAGAGGAACUUCGGCAUGCCAUGGGCAUCUCGUUCCCACAGGGCACCUUCAGAGACUCUAGAGGUGCACGCCAGCUGUUUGGAAUGGAAGGCCUCUUGAAUCACACGCCAACCCAAGACGCAGAGUUGCCCUAUCCACGUUCGCGUGUUGUUGCCGGAGGCGGCGGCGUAGAUCACUUCGAUUGGUUCGUCGUGCCCAAUGCCUCAAGGCCUCUACGAAAACCCAUGAUGCAGCAUGACAGUUCAGACUAUAUUCUCGUAGCUUGCAGACUUGCAGCCGCACCAUAUCAUAGAAUGUCGGGCCAAGCCUAG